UGGAAAUGGAGUAUUUGGAGAGCAUUUUGGGAUUUUUAUACACGCAGGGAAUACUUGAUGAAGAAAAGUUGCAUGAAUUUAGAGGUAUUGUUCAAGGAACAGAACAGCAGAAUAACCCUGCUUCUCAAAAAUUUACUGAGUUUAAUUUGACUCAUAGUAAAUCUAAGACUUUUGAAGAUCCUUGAGAGAAGGGAGAUUUUAUAUUUAACGGCAAAUAAUGACAUUGUGAGGCUCCCUACACUUGAGAUUAACAAGGAGGAAACACCUGACAAAACUCCUUUCUUCGUCCAGUUUUCAAGUGAGAAGAAGGAAAAUUCAACUUUUGCAAAGCUUCAUCAGCAGAGACAAAGUGAAAUCCAAGAAAAAGAUUUUGAGGAGUUUAAUAAACAACUUGGUGUCGAUCAAAACUCAGUCAUGAAUCUUGACCCUCCAAGCAUGAAGGAAGUCCAUGAUAGCGGCGCUAACAAAUCAUGGGAAGUUGACCUAAACGAAGACAACUACUGAGAGAGGUUCAUCUUGGUUCUUUCCCAAGUAUUCCAAAACCUUACCCCACAAGAUAUGGUUCAGAUGUCAGAAAGGGUAGUCCAGAGAUGGCAGAUGGAUGAAGAGCAGGCUUAUAAUAACAAAAUGGGCAAGCUAAUUUCUGCUUAUGAGAAGAUCCAUCUUCAUAAUAAUAUGAUUCAGAUGACUAAAGCUUUUUAUACACUUAAGGAACACCGAAAAGAAGUUCAAAGAGAGGAACCUAAUGCAGGCAAGCUCUAGUUGGUUGAUACCUAGAUAUGAAAGAAGAGUUUAACAUAACUAACAAGUAUUCCUACGAUUCAUCAAUGAUCUCUACGGGAAAUAUGACAAAAUCUGGGGUAGAGAAUUUGUCUAAUCAGAGCAAUUUAUACGGGUCAUGUUUAGGAAGCAGAAAACUCAUGUUCAGUCCAAACCAGAUGGAAGAUGAAGCUCAUAACCAAAAUAUGUUUCAGAGACAAAGUUGAGCUGAAGAGAGUCCAAAGAGAGCAAUUCAUUUGAAAAUUGACAAGUAUACUCCUAAGAAGACUGUAUAUUUGAAUCAAAAUAUGCAUAUCGAAAAAGCGCAAAGAAGAAGUUCUAGAGAACAAAAAAUAUAUUCAGAAAGACUUGCUAGACCGAGAAAGAUCUAUGAGAAGAAGGAGUUCACUUCUAAGGAGGAAGAAGAGCUAGAUAACUGUACAUUUAUUCCAGAUAUUUCAGCAUCUCAGGCUUGUGAGCCUUCCUCUUCAGUGAAUCCAAACUGAACUAGUCCAGAAUCUACUUAUGAGAGGCUGUACUAUAAAGGGUGCCAAAGUAGAGACCAGAGGAAACACUAUUAUGCUCAAAUGAGAUGGGAGAAGGAAGAUCACGGCUGCACUUUCCACCCACAGACAAAUUCCCCUCAAUCCACCUCCUUGACUUCGAAUAGAAGAAGCAGAAGCAAGAAAAAUGGCAAAAGUGUUUAUGCUAGACUUUACACUCAAAAAAUAAAAACUCCUCUCUCCUCCAAGCCAUCCAAUCAAGAUCGGAUCCAAAUUAUCCCAUCUUCCAACUCCCUAAACCCUGACCUCCCCGCAGAGUAUGCAGAACACAGCGUUCGGAAGUCAGCCCAGAGAAAAGCCGAGAUCCAGGUCAUCAAAACCCAGGACAAGGAGCUAAAAUUUGUUCCUGAAAGGGUGACCAAGGGGAAGGACUCCCUGUAUGGCCUUGAUAAGGAGCCUUAUUAUGAGAAGUUUAAUAGGCUUUAUAAUGAUCAUGCCGAGAAACAUAAGAAGAGAAGAAGAGCAAAGAAGGAAAGAGAUGAAAUCAUUACUAAACAAGCUUGUAGAACUAAACGGGGAGGCUCCGGACAUUCUAAGGGAUCGAGGAGGCAUGAUAGUGUGACUAAGGUCCAGUAUCCUAAGGAAAUUCAGAAAAAGACCCAGAAAUUAUUGGAGAAAGUUAAUAGAGAGGAGGGUGUUACGUUUCAUCCGAAAAUUAAUAAGAAAAGUCAGGCUUUGGCAGCCUCUAAGUCUAGUACUCAUGUAUCGCAUAGACACUUAUCGAAGAAUACUCAAAGUUUGAAGAAAUUUACAGAGUUAGCUUCUAAGUAUAGUAAAUCCCCUAAUAAGACAGGUAGAAAUGUCAAUAAAAGUGGUUUGAGUACUAGUGGGUAUAAAUAACCAUCAAAAUUUGCCAGAAUUUAAGUUACCAACAUCUUCAAGUCAGCAGAAUGAUAGGUAUCAUCCUGAAGACUUUACUUACUCCAAAUUGACUGAGCAAAUGAUCACUGAGGAAGAUGACCCUGGAGAGAUUAGGCUAGCUCCAGAGAAAUAUCGGAAAUAGAGGAAAUUA